AAGACCAAAUUCCGCUCUCGUCCAAAACCCCUGCUCAAGCAACCGUGAGACGAAAAUUGGUGCGAAUUCGAAAUGGAUGUGAUCAAAUCGCAGCAAAUUUCUUCGCGGCCGAUCGACAAGGUGGUCGUGCACCCGCUCGUGCUGCUCAGCAUCGUCGAUCACUACAAUCGGGUGGCGCGUGACACCAGGAAGCGCGUCGUCGGCGUUCUACUCGGGAGCUCCUUCAAGGGCACCGUUGACGUCACCAACAGCUACGCUGUCCCUUUUGAAGAAGAUGACAGAGAUCCUAGCAUCUGGUUUCUUGAUCACAAUUACCACGAUUCAAUGUUUUCUAUGUUUAGAAGAAUAAAUGCAAAGGAGCAUGUUGUUGGUUGGUAUAGCACAGGCCCAAAACUGAAGGAGAACGACUUAAAUAUUCAUGGACUUUUCAACGACUAUGUUCCCACUCCUGUACUGGUGAUCAUUGAUGUCCAACCAAAAGAGCUCGGAAUACCUACAAAAGCAUAUUAUGCUGUUGAGGAAGUUAAGGAGAAUGCCACUCAGAAAAGCCAAAAGGUCUUUGUGCAUGUUCCUUCAGAAAUUGCUGCCCACGAAGUUGAAGAAAUUGGAGUGGAACACUUGUUAAGAGAUGUGAAAGACACAACUAUCAGCACCCUUGCUACAGAGGUGACUGGAAAGCUUGCUGCUUUAAAGGGUUUGGAUGCACGUCUGAAAGAGAUUCGAAGUUAUCUUGAUCUGGUUAUUGAAGGGAAACUCCCUCUGAAUCAUGAAAUCCUCUACCAUCUCCAGGAUGUAUUCAACCUUCUGCCCAACCUAAAUGUGUUGGAACUCGUUAAAGCUUUUGCAGUGAAAACAAAUGACAUGAUGCUGGUCAUAUAUCUGUCAUCUCUUAUCAGAAGUGUGAUUGCUCUCCACAAUUUGAUCAAUAACAAGAUGCUUAACAAAGAACACGAAAAGGCAGAAGACUCGAAGCCAGUUGCUGUGCCUACUGCUGCUGGUAGCUGAAGAUAAAGAGAUCUUUCGAGGGAGUUUGCUUUCGUGUGAUAUUCCAAUCUUGGAUAACUCUACUUGGAGAUCUCAGCAACAUUUUGGCAAAUACUGCAAUGGGAAGCUUUCUCUGAGGUUCAACUAAGUCUUCAAUAUUCGUAUUUGGUUUCUUCCCGUGAAUUUUGAGAUCCCGACUCGUCCAGAUUUGUAACAUUAUAGCGUCUCUCUCUCUCUCUCUCUCUCUCUCUCUCUCUCUCUCUCUCUCUCUCUGUCCCCUUUUAUAUGUACCAAUGAUGCACACCUCAACAGAUGGAAUGCUGUGUUUUCUAGCUCUCUGGAGUGACUGAAUCUGUCAAGCUUUAGAGCUUCUUUUCUAAUUCAUUUUGUUUUGCUUUUUAAUUAAUCCACCAUAUAUUUCUCCCACCUUUUCAA